AUGGCCUUCAACCUGGCUCAGUGCGCCACCGCCGCGGCAUCCGUCGCGCCCCGCACCCCUCGCCCUAGGUCCGCGGCCGCGGCGUCCGUGUCCGUCUCCUUCUCCGCAAGGAAGGCGGCGGCGGCGGCGGCCGGCAGCGUUCGGCUGCAGCGGCAGGCGUGCUGCGAGCCAUCGGUGGCGCCGGCGCGUUCGGUGUUGUGCCGGGCCGCGGUGUCGGGGAAGACCGCGGCCGACCGGGCCGCCUCCAGGAGGAGGUCCGGCGGCGUGCCGGUGUUCGUGAUGAUGCCGCUGGACACCGUCAAGAAGUGCGGCACCGCGCUGAACCGGCGCAAGGCGGUGCAGGCGAGCCUGUCCGCGCUCAAGAGCGCGGGCGUGGAGGGCGUCAUGGUGGACGUGUGGUGGGGCAUCGCCGAGAGCGACGGGCCGGGGAGGUACAACUUCGCGGGCUACAUGGAACUCGUGGAGAUGGCGCGCAAGGCCGGGCUCAAGGUCCAGGCCGUCAUGUCCUUCCACCAGUGCGGCGGCAACGUCGGCGACUCCGUCAACAUCCCGUUGCCGCGGUGGGCCGUGGAGGAGAUGGAGAGGGACCAGGACCUCUGCUACACCGACCAGUGGGGGCGACGCAACUACGAGUACGUCUCGCUCGGCUGCGACGCCAUGCCCGUGCUCAAGGGCCGCACGCCCGUCGAGUGCUACACCGACUUCAUGCGCGCCUUCCGCGACCACUUCGCCGACUACCUCGGCAACACCGUCGUGGAAAUCCAAGUCGGCAUGGGCCCCGCCGGCGAGCUGCGCUACCCGUCGUACCCGGAGAGCAACGGCACCUGGAAGUUCCCCGGCAUCGGCGCCUUCCAAUGCAACGACAGGUACAUGCGUAGCAGCCUGAAGGCGGCAGCGGAGGCGGCCGGCAAGCCUCAGUGGGGCCACGGUGGCCCGACCGACGCUGGCGGCUACAACAACUGGCCCGAGGAUACCAUCUUCUUCCGCGGCGACAACGGUGGGUGGAGCACCGAGUACGGCGACUUCUUCCUGUCGUGGUACUCGCAGAUGCUCCUGGAGCACGGCGACCGCAUCCUGUCGGGCGCCACGUCCGUGUUCGCCGCGGCGCCCGUGGAGGUGUCCGUCAAGGUGGCCGGCAUCCACUGGCACUACGGCACCCGGUCCCACGCCCCCGAGCUGACCGCGGGGUACUACAACACGCGGCACCACGACGGGUACCGCCCCAUCGCGCGCCUGCUGGCCCGCCACGGCGCCGUGCUCAACUUCACCUGCGUGGAGAUGCGGGACCACGAGCAGCCGCAGGAGGCGCAGUGCAUGCCGGAGCACCUGGUCCGGCAGGUGGGCGCCGCGGCGCGCGCCGCCGGGGUGGGCCUCGCGGGCGAGAACGCGCUGCCGCGGUACGACGGCACGGCGCACGACCAGGUGGUGGCCACCGCCGCCGAGCGCUGCGCCGCCGAGGACCGGAUGGUGGCGUUCACGUACCUGCGCAUGGGGCCCGACCUCUUCCACCCGGACAACUGGCAGCGGUUCGCCGCCUUCGUGCGCCGCAUGAACGGCGCCGGGUCGUGCCGGGAGGCCGCGGAGCGGGAGGCGCACGGCGUCGCGCAGGCCACCGGGUCGCUGGUGCACGAGGCCGCCGUCGAGCUGCGGAGCUGA